UGUCAUAAAAAGCCAAUUAUACCAGUUUAGCACCCGGCAUCUCUUCUCGUCUGUCUUGAAAAUCUCGUUCAUUCAACGCUUAAUUUGGGUAUUGGAUCGGAACCCUGACAUUUCUAGGUAUGAAGCCAAGGAAUGCAUACUUGUGUUGAGGGAAGUAAACGUCAGUUACCACCAUGGAUGAUGCAGAAGGUCGGUGCCACUGCCACCCAUGUGAGUGACUCUAACAAUGCUGUUGAAACUAAUUGUUAUAUCAAAAAAGGAGACAUCAUUAAAACUAAUGCAACCAAGAAAGAUCACAAGAGUGAAUCUUCAAAGAGGAGUUCAAACUUAAGAGCCAAGUGUGAAGUUAUGGGAAGAAAAAAAUUAGACCAACAAGAUGGAAGCAGCGACAAGGUUACUCAAAAGAAGAGAAAAGGUGAUAGGUCUAAGGAUAGAGAUCAGAGAUCUUCUAUAAAGAAAAGAAAAAAAUUAGAGGAUCCUAGCCAUGGUUGUUAUGAUGUUAGUCCAGUUAGCGAUGAUGCCAUGGAUCUGACACUUGAAGAUUUGAUGGCCAUAGCAGAACAGUAUGUCAAAGAUUAUGAGAACAAGGAUCGAAAAGAAAUAUCAAGUAGACAGCAUGAAUCAAAAUGGCAAUUUCAAGUUACAAAUGAAACAGGACAUACUCUUGAUUCCCCUUGUAAGAACGAAAACUCAUCCAAGUCUGGAAGGGAAGAUUUAUCUCAUUUUACUUCAACAACUGGUGAAUUAAUUGCUACCAGCACCUCUCAAACAGGUGAUCCUGCUCAAGACAUGCUGGACCUGUUCUUGGGUCCCUUGCUGAGGAAAACUCUUGAGAAGGAGAAGAGCAAAUCUAUUGUAAAAAAUGUCGAGAUUACCCAUGAGUUCACUAGGCAAAGUCAAGAUAAACUUGCUGGAGAAGAAAUAGUCCCCUUGACGAAGAAAAGAAACACCUUUAAAGACAAGGUGGCAAUGUUUCUUGACCAAGAUAUGUAGAUUCAUCAACACAAGCAUGGGUGUCAUGGCAAAGCAAUGAGUUAGAGUUUUUGCAUGACAUAUAAUAGUAGUUUCACAUGUAAACCAUUUGAUAAUUGCAGUCUCAUCCUAGUUGGGCAAAGUCCUAUGAUAAUAAUGUUAGUGUAUAACUGUAUAUAGUUCUUUAUAUAUUUAAUUCUUAUACAAUUAAAUUGAAUUUCAAUCACCCGUUGCCAGGGGCGGGAUUAAAAAA